UAGGCUGUUUGUCCCUAAUAUGCUCGACUGAUAUCUCUCAGCCUUAUAAACAAACGUAUUCGCAGUGUGUACUCUAUCUACGAAACGUGGUUUGGAAUAUUAAUUAAUGGAAAAUCAAAUACAAGUUAUGAACAAAUGAAAUACAGAAAUGUAAAUUGUUAAUUUCUGAAAGCGAAGCAAUCUGUACAAUUAGAUUGUAAUAUACCAUGUGAUAAACGGAAUAAGUUUAUUUGAAGAAGAAAAAAACUAGUGAAGUGAAUGUUGUUAAAUGUUGGGAUUUCGUGUAAGGUAGUAACAUUAUGGAGGGGACUAUCAGUCGAUUAAAGCGAUGGAUUACCGUCACUAUAAUAUGCGGAUUAACGAUAUCUCGACCCGCGGAUGCAAACUGGAUGUAUCUCGGUAUCUCCGCGGUCGGCACGAGCCAACUACAAGAUGACACGUGCACAGAAGUGCCAGGCCUCGUUGUGGAGCAAGUUCAAGCGUGUCAAGACAACCCCGAGUCACUCAUGUGUAUCAGUGAAGGGGCCCGCCACGGGAUACGGGAGUGUCAGUACCAGUUUCGAAAUGAGCGAUGGAAUUGUUCGACAAGCACUAACUACACAGUGUUCGGAGAUGUUCUUCGAAAAGGUACGCGAGAGACGGCGUUUAUUUACGCGAUCCUGAGUGCAGGCGUGGUUCACGCCACAACAAAAUCGUGCAGCGUGGGUAAUCUGACGGACUGCUCGUGUGACAUGUCAAGAUACGGGGAACAGGACGUGGAAGGGUGGAAGUGGGGAGGAUGCAGUGACAAUAUCGAGUACGGGUUGGGGUUCAGCAAGAAGUUUGUUGACGCUCCUGAGAUGUUAACACAGGGUCGAAACAUCAGGAACACAAUGAACCUUCAUAAUAACGAAGUCGGAAGAAAGGUAACCGAGGACCUGAUGGAUUUCAAAUGCCGUUGCCAUGGCGUAUCCGGCUCAUGCGCAGUGAAAACCUGCUGGCGAAGUUUACCGACGUUUCGACAGAUCGGGAACGCCCUUAAACAUAAAUACGAACUUUCCAUACCGAUAUCUCGUCGAUGGAAACGACAGUUACGCCGGAAGGGAAAAACAAAAAGGAGACAGCCAAUCAAAGAAGACGAUUUAAUAUACGUUCAUAAAUCGCCUAAUUAUUGUCGUCCAAACGAGAAACGUGGUAUUCUCGGAACGACGGGACGUUUGUGUAAUAAGACGUCGUCUGCUGGUGACAGCUGUGAUUUACUGUGUUGCGGGAGAGGCUAUAACACACAGGUGGUCACAUACGUUUCACGGUGUCACUGUAAAUUUAUCUGGUGUUGUCACGUGCAAUGUAAAACAUGUGAAACUAUGAUUGAAAAACACACGUGUAAAUAGUGUACGUGUAUAUGUGUAUGUGUGUAGAAACGAUUCGAAUUAUUUUUUCGUCGCAAUAUUUUUAACGUUUGGGUAUACAUGGUGAAAACUGUUUAAAAAAACUCACUGCAAGUUUCUGUCAGUGAUGAAGGUGUCAAUUUGACAAUGAACUUAUAGUGCUUAUAUCAUUUCAUUAAAAUUGGCGUAUAUCCAAUACAUGGCCUCAUCAUGAACUACAUAUCGAUGUCUUCACUUCAAAAUGCCGAAGUUGCAUUUUUUCUGUUUCGUGAUGUUUAUAUCACAUAAAUCAUGAAGGCGAGCUGCAUCUAACAGCUGAAUGGCGAGUAAAUAGUCCGUUGCACAAUGUGAUCAAAAUAUCGAGCAAUUGUUGGACAUUUCUCACAGAGAAGCAAAAAAAGCCGAACCUUCAGAAAUUGAAACUACAAAAAUUCUAACUUCGGCUUUUUGUAAAAAAAUGUGUGAUCAAAUUACCAUGAUAAAAUACUGAAAACGUUGCUACGGAAAACAUCGGAUUUUGUUGCUGCGGCAUUUGAAAGUGAGACCAUCGAUUUUCACCUAUCUAUGCUAUUGUUGUUCAUGCGUUAUUUAUUAAAACGAUAUUUUAUUUUUUUCGAACUUUCGAAUGUUUUGGCGUCAUUACAUGUAGUGAGAACUCAUGACUAGUGGUUGCUAGGGACAUAUUAAGUCGUUCAUGUUUGAUAGAGUCAGACAUCUAUUCUUCAUUUCAUUUUUCCUGAAAUAUUAACAAAAUGUUGUCUUCGUCACAAGUUCAGAAUAAAACUAUACUGUAAACAGAUAUGGGAUAUGCGAAAGAUAUACUCGAAUUUGUUGUUUGUUUAUAAAUGAAGGUACAAUAAUUACAUUUUAACAAAGUUUGAAAAAACCCACAACAUGUUGGCACUAGUAAGUGAACUUGUGAACAAGUCGCUAUAGAUGUUUGCUUUGCAUUUACAACUGCAUAGGUCUUGCACAUUUUGGAACAUUCGGAACUCCUCGGCCAUUUUCCAUCAAAAACAACCGUACAUCAGUACAAGUAGUUCGUAUUUUUUUGAAUAAUAUUAUUAAUUUAUUGCAGUGUUUUAACAUGCAUGUUGUAAGUCUAAGUUUAAAACGAUUGCCAAUGAAGUAAACUACUGCAUAAAAAAGUAAGAGUCCAUAGAGUAAAGUCACUAAGUUUAAAUGCUAAAUUGAAAUUACUACGCGAUCUAUUUGCAGCGUUGCUAAAAUGUAAAGGUUUCUGGCAUUGUAAACCGUCCAUAAACAUCAGAGGUUGUUUUCAAUGGAAAAUGGCUGAGGAGUUCCGAAUGAUUCUUGAAUGCAAAAGAUUAAACACAAACACAGAACCACCGUACAUAUCAUAGUAAGUUUCAUUAAAGCAUCCAGUUGGUGUUGUUGUAGAUAUAUGUCUGUAUAAUUGUUGAUAGUUUACUAUUGUGUAUAUAACUUUGUAUCUGCUUGUUAUUUUUAUUUACAUUGAAUAAGGCAAAUAGCAUAAUAUAUUUCGAAUAUAUAACAAUGUUCGUGUUAUGGGUUCAUGCCUUUGGUAGUACUUCUGAGGCUGAAUUAAAGCUGCACUCUCACAGAUUAACAGUUUUGACUUUUCUUUAAAUUUUGUCUCAGAAUCAGCUGUUUUUGAAAUCAAUGCCUUCAAUUCAGUGAUAUAAGUUAACUCACAAUAGAACAGAUCAUCAUUUGUUUGGAAAACUGCCGAAACAUAUCAUUUUCAAUAAAGGGUUAGUCACACUUUUAAUCAUAAAACGUUAAUUUUCCAACGUAAAUGUCGGCAGUCUGAUAUCACUGGUUUCAAGAUAUUUACGCAAAAAUUGGCUCAUUCUUAGAAAAAUAAAUCGUCAAAACGGUCAAUCUGUGAGAGUGCAGCUUUAAGUCUUUGGUUUGGUUAAAGAUGGCCAAAAUAUUUACUGAUUGGUCAAUAUUUAUCAGAAAAUUAAUAUUGACCAAUGAAAUCAUUUAAAUAUUCAAACUAGCUUAAAAAUAACAUAUGGACAAUAAAUCAUGUUUUAUUCCAAUUGGCUACUAAUGUUAAUUUCAUGACGCAACCAUUGGACCUUUCUCGACCCUUAUACUUCACAUUACAAAGCUUAGUACGCAUAAUAACUUAUCAUUCAGAGGUCGAACCCCGUUUGCUCGAACUCGCAUGGCUCGAAUUCCUCGUUGGAUCGAACUGGAUGUAAAGGACCGAUUUCUAUAAACUGAAGGUUAGCAAUUCCGGUUGGCUCGAAUCUUCCGAUGCUCGAGGUAUUUUCGCUGGUCUCUGUGAGUUCGAGCCAGCAGGGUUCGACUGUAUAUAAUUCUAUCAUACAUCCAUGAAUGUUGAGGGUAUAAUGGUCAGUAUAAAUUAUUAACUUAUGUGACAAUGUCAAUAGUUAAAACAUUUGAACUUUGCUCUUUGGUACUUUUUUUGUAAAAACUGUAAUAUUCUGGUAAAUAUUAAAGUUG